AUGGCAGAUACCGAUCUCCAGAUAACGGAAGUACAGCGGAAGAUCGAUCGAGAGAAGGCUCUGAUUAAUGGCGCAACGCACAUGCGACAGUCCACAAAUAACGCUGCAGUACAGGCUAGAGCCGAUAGCAACAUCAAAGAUGGCAAGAGAAACAUUGCAUAUUUGGAGGAGCAGUUGAGGAAACUGCAGAUACGCAAAGUCAACGAUGGCGCCCCUCCACCACCAGCCCAUGGUUAUGGCACGCCCUCAACUCAGAGGAAACCUUUGCCAGGUUCCGGUAUGGACUCUGGGCCCACCCCGCCUCCAAAAGAGCGUUCAGGCUACUAUCAAGAUUCUGGUGAUUAUGGUGACCCGGGUCCUGGCGGUUACAGCCAAGGAGGUACAGGAAUGAUGCCGCCUCGUGCUCCUUAUGGCGAUCCAAGACCGUACAAUGUUCCCAUACCCAAGGCACGACCCAACUUCUCAAAGCUAGAUCUCAUCAAGUAUGACACUCCAUACCUGGGACCAAAGAUUCAGCUCAUGCUGUCGCAACUUGAAUUCAAGCUCAGUGUGGAAAAACAAUACAAGGCUGGUAUAGAGAAGAUGGUGCGGCUAUAUCAAGACGAAGGAGACCGAAAGAGUAGGGCAGACGCUGAAGGUCGACGUAUUGAAAGCAACCAAAAGGUGCAGUUGCUGAAACAGGCUCUGAAGCGCUAUAUGGAUCUUCAUGUCGGCAUCGAUGACUCGGUCGAAGGCGAUGACGACAGUUUGAAUGCUCCUAAUAUGAGAAAGCCUCUCUCCGGUCAUCUGGAGAUGCGAAUCAAUGCUAUCCGUGACGUGGAUCAUGCAGCAUCCUCUCGCUUUUCCCGUGGUCCAGAAACCUUCAUCAUCAUGAAAGUCGAGGACAAUGUUCGCGCCAAGACUCGAGCCACAAGGAACGAUAGAUGGAUGGACGAGAUAUUCACCAUUGAUAUCGAUAAAGCUAACGAGAUUGAACUCACGGUUUAUGAUAAAUCAGGCGAUAGACCUACCCCCAUCGCUUUCCUUUGGAUUCGCAUAUCAGAUAUAGCCGAAGAGAUGAGAAGAAAGAGGAUCGAAGCUGAGCUCCAACAAGGAAACUGGGUAACCGCUGACAAGAUGGGCAACGGUGGCAGUGGUGAAUUUGCACCUCCACCAACACAAGCUCCCCAUAUGCCUCCAGGUGAUGGUGCUAGUGCUGGACCAGCUGCAGGCAUGCCACAGCAUGCUCAGCCCGCAAUGAUCGAUUCCUGGUUCUCUCUUGAACCCGCGGGCCGCAUACACCUUUCAAUGAGUUUUCAAAAGCACACUGGCCAGCGACGACCCUUCGACAUUGGUCUCAAUCGACAGGGUGCUGUUCGACAGAAGAAAGAGGAGGUACACGAGAAGCAGGGCCACAAGUUUGUCAAGCAACAAUUUUACAACGUCAUGCGCUGUGCUCUCUGUGGAGACCUGCUCAAGUAUUCGGCUGGUAUGCAGUGCGAAGAUUGCAAGUAUACAUGCCAUACGAAAUGUUACCCGAAAGUCGUCACCAAAUGUAUCAGCAAAGCAAAUUACGAAACAGAUCCGGACGAGGAAAAGAUAAAUCACCGCAUACCACAUCGCUUCGAGAAUUUCUCCAACAUCGGAGCGAACUGGUGCUGCCAUUGUGGCUAUUUGUUACCAAUUGGUCGCAAGAACGCGAAAAAGUGCAACGAAUGUGGUCUCACCUGCCACGCACAAUGUCAACACCUCGUACCUGACUUCUGUGGUAUGUCAAUGAUAGUAGCUAAUGAGAUUCUCGAAACGAUUCAGCGGACAAAGCAACACAACAAGUCUUCUUCAGUGAGCUCGGGUCUAUCGAACAGAACACUACGACAACGACCAGGACCUCAGUCACCCACACAAAGCUUCAUCUCCGACGGCUCGACCACCAUAGCAUCUCCCGGCAAACAAUCAUAUGAGGAGUCUCCAAAGCCCUCGGACCUGGCUGUCACGGCCGCCCAAAACAUGUUUACACAAUCUGUUCAAAGCCCCGCCCCACAACCUCCACCUCAGCAGCAGCAGAGGCCAGCCAUGCAGAAGACAGCUACGUCGAACGCAGCCAUAGCAGCGGCAACCUCCUCGAUGCGACCUCCAUCUCAGACAUCACAAAGUUACUCGAACUACGGUUCUCAACAUGCACCCGAUCGAUACGCGAACGCUCGGCCUCCACGAACGGAAUCACCGCAGCAGCAACAGCCACCACAGCAUGCCGCUUACGACCCCGGUGCAUAUGCCAGUUACAAUCGAGCUCAACAACAACAGCAACAGCAAGCCAUCAUGCAACAAGCGCGUCCUGCGCAGGUUCCACAAUCACCUGCUGCACCACAGUAUCCACCAAGUCAUCAGCAGCAAGCUCAACCAAGGCCACAGGUUCCACAACAGCAAGUCGUCAAAGCAGAUUCGGCUCCAGCUUCAAAGGGGCCAAGAAUCGGUCUUGACCAUUUCAAUUUCCUAGCCGUGCUGGGUAAGGGUAACUUUGGCAAAGUUAUGUUGGCUGAGGCCAAGAGCUCCAAAAAGCUCUAUGCUAUCAAAGUGCUCAAGAAGGAAUUUAUCAUUGAAAACGAUGAAGUUGAAUCGACAAAAUCCGAGAAGCGGGUCUUCUUGAUAGCAAACAAGGAACGGCAUCCAUUUUUGCUCAACUUACACGCCUGUUUUCAGACAGAAACAAGAGUUUACUUCGUCAUGGAGUACAUAUCUGGUGGUGACUUGAUGUUGCACAUUCAGAGAGGACAAUUCGGUCUUAAGCGAGCCCAAUUCUAUGCAGCAGAAGUUUGUCUGGCGUUAAAAUAUUUCCACGAGAAUGGUGUGAUCUAUCGUGAUUUGAAGCUCGACAAUAUUCUAUUGACGCUUGAUGGGCACAUCAAGAUUGCCGAUUAUGGUCUUUGCAAAGAGAAUAUGUGGUUCGGCAGCACAACAUCGACAUUUUGCGGCACGCCUGAGUUCAUGGCUCCUGAAAUACUGUUGGAUAAGAAAUACGGUCGUGCAGUAGAUUGGUGGGCUUUUGGCGUGUUGAUCUACCAGAUGUUAUUGCAACAGUCACCUUUCCGUGGUGAGGACGAGGAUGAAAUUUACGACGCUAUUCUAGCCGACGAACCAUUAUACCCAAUUCACAUGCCACGCGACAGUGUCUCGAUCCUGCAAAAGCUGCUCACUCGAGAACCAGAACUGCGAUUGGGAAGUGGCCGACGAGAUGCUGAAGAGAUUAUGGAGCAUCCGUUCUUCAAGGGAGUAGACUGGGACGAUAUCUACAACAAGCGAGUGCCGACACCCUACAAGCCUCAGAUCAAGGAUGCCAAGGAUACCAGUAACUUUGACUCGGAAUUCACUAGUGUCACUCCAGUAUUGACACCAGUACAGAGUGUUCUUUCUGCGGCGCAUCAAGAAGAGUUCCGAGGCUUCUCAUAUUCUGCCGACUUCAUCUAG